AUGAGUGUAAAGUAUGUGUUACUAAAUUUGUAUAUAUUUUUUUUAACCGAGUUUUCCAGCUGUUCUAUAUACAGGAACUGGACUUCCACUGCUAAAUCGAACUUUAAGAAGGGAAAGGAUACUUACAAGUUAAUUUUAAACAACUUGCAGGAGAAGGAAAGCGAUUGCAUGUCCCUCCUAUCUAACGAUAAAAACGUUACAGAUAACUUCCCGAUCGAUUUAGAUUACAUUCAUAAUACUACCGAUCCCUAUCCUUGUCUUACACAAUUUAAUAGAAUUGGAGAUAAAUUUGAUAUUGACGAUGAUGGCGUCCCAUUGGAUGACACGAGUUAUACCAAGAUAAUGAAUGAGGCUGGUUGUUGGAAAUACGUUUUAGGCGAGAUUAACACCCUUGACGUUGACAGUUGUGAUUUCAAGGGAGACGCCUCGAGGUCACUUAUCGCACUUGCAAAGACCAAAUGUCACUUUUUGAGGGCCAACAGGAAGUUUCCAACCAAGGAGCAGGGUUGUAUACUAAACCCUUCCAAAUUUACUCCUGACCAACUAAACACUUAUUUAUCCAAUAAUACUGAGUACAGAACAAAUCCAUGUAAAGAAGAUUAUAAAAGUAAUGAAUGUGAGAAGUUAAAACGAAGAAUAGUAUCGCACUGCACAGAUCCCUCGGUCAUGUCAGAAUCUGCUUUUCAGAUGUAUCAUUCCGAUCUAAAUCACAUCGAUAAUAUAUGUUUUUAUUUGCAAGCUGGUGACUGGAACCAGAGAACUGAAACCAACAUAAAUAAAUUGGCGGAUUCCGCAAAUCACAUGAUAAACGUUUACAAUAAUGUCAAGGAUCAAUUUGAAAUUUUAAAUAGCAAACAAAAUGAACAACUAAACAAGGCUGAAAACUUAACAAUGUGGAUUGAUAAUAUAAAAUCUGAUUUGGGUGAUGUUUUAAGGAUUAUAACUACUGUUAAAGAAUACCAAAGGAGGAUUUUAGAGUUUAUUAACAAUUUUAAAACCUACUGCACCUACAUAAUCUUUGUAAUUCUCGGCAUUAUUGCCACUUCCUUCGAAUUCGCAGCCAAUUCUAGAUGGAAAGUUCUUACAUGCAUUGGAAUUUCAUGUAUGUUGGAAACUUUGACACACAAGGUGUUCAAUGGCUGGCUGGAUUUGGAAAUUAAUGACUACUUUUCACCCGAAACCCAAGAUUACAUUCUAAAAUUCAUCCGAAUGAUAAUGGCAAGCUACAUAAUACUGGAGUGGUUAUAUGCGUUUAUAUGGUAUAAGCCAGGCUGGAAGAUAACUUUAAAUGAAGUUAACGAACUUAAAAAAGUUAUUGAAAAUCCAAUCAUUUACAUUCCAAACAACUCCCUCUCAAACAUGAAGGAAAUAAAAUAUACUCUCGACGAAUUUGUGGAUAAAUUCGGGGAUAACAGCGACGAUAGUGACUACACUUACGAAUCUGAGAGUUUGACCUCCUCUGAGUACCUAAGUGAGGAUGAGCUGGGGUCAGGUUCCGACUACUUAGUCGAUGAUUACACGGAUUCUAGACGUUCAAGAAAUAAAAAGAAAUCUUACUUUAUCCGCAAAUCACGCAUGUUCCAUUACUAA